AGCGCGUCUAGCCAGCUCGAAGUGCCACGACUUCACAGCAGACCACGGAUCCAGCGGAGUGAGGGGGGGGAGCGCCGUUAGAGGAAAAAAGAAUAAGAUUCAAGUUAGCUGGAUUAUAGAGGUAGCUUUCCAUAGAAGUCACAUCAUCUCCAACCCAGAGCCUGUUUUUUUUGCCCUCAACCAGUACCUUUUUGAAGCAAGCAGCUGUAUCUUUACCAGGAGCAGCAGCGCAGUUCCUAUUUCUCCUUUUAGGUUUACUGAAAGCAAAGGAUGGAUAUCUACGACCCCCAGACUCUUGGGAUUAUGGUAUUUGGUGGUUUCAUGGUGAUCUCUGCCGUAGGGAUCGCCCUUGUUUCCACUUUCUCCAUGAAGGAAACCUCUUAUGAGGAGGCCCUUGCUAAACAACGCAAAGAGUUGGGUAAAAUACAGUCAGUUCGCUCGGAGAAAAAGAAAAAGGACAAAGUAGCCGAGAAGAAGAGCCGUGGAAAGAAAAAGGAGGAAAAGCCAAAUGGAAAAAUCCCGGAACAGGAGAAAGCUGAAGAAGCUGCUGACUCUGAAGCUGAAGCAGCCGUUGAGCCUGCUGCUGCUGCUCCAGCUGUAUCUGCUGUUCUUGCCCCUCAGCCUGCUCCAGUCCUCGAAGUUAAACCGUCUUCAGCUCCAGUGGCUGCGGAGACACAACCCCAAACUGCUGCUGAGCCGUCACCUUUGCCCUCGCCUAAGGACAAAAAGAAGAAGAAGGUGGCAAAGGUUGAGCCAGCCUCAACUCAGCAAGCCCCGAUGGUGUCUGCUGCAGUGCCACUAAAGUCCUUAGCAGCCUCUCCUGCAACCCAGCCUCCCCCAGCUGUGCAGAGCAAAGCAGCCGCCUCGUCCUCUGCACCACCUUUAACCAAGUCUGCUUCCGGAUCUUCAAAAUCCACUCCUGCAUCUGCUUUGGCUCCUCCAUCAACCAAACCUGCCUCUGCCUCUGCUCCUACCCCUGCGUUGGCUAAAUCCACCAAUGCUCAGGCUAAAUCUUCGACCCCCACACCAAACAAGUCUGCCCAGGCACCAAGCAAGUCCGCUACAGCCCCAGCCAAGUCGGCAGCAGCUCCAUCCAAGGCUGCCCCAGUGCUGGAGGUGGUCACCAAAGAUGUCCCAGUAAUGGCCGUGCCUCCAGUGGGGUCUCAGCAGGCUCCUGCUCCAGCUAAAACACAAGAACCCAAAAAGAAGGCUUCCAAGAAGAAGUCUGAGCCCGCAGCUGUUGCGGCGGCGGUGGUCGACUGUGCUGAUGCUCCUCUCUACCUGCCCUAUAAAUCUCUGGUUUCCACCAUCAGCAGCAUGGUGUUCAGUGAGGGGGAGGCGCACAGGCUCAUCGAGAUCCUCUCUGAGAAAGUCGGCAUCAUCCAGGAUACCUGGCACACGGCCACUCAGAAGGGAGAUCCGGUUGCCAUGCUGAAGAAGCAGCUGGAGGAGAGAGAGAAACAGCUGGCAGCAGAGCAGGAGGAUGCUUCUGCAGCUAAGAAUCGUCUUCGAGAACUGACCAAGGAGCUGUCGGCGGAGAAAUCCAAGGUGGCCAGCGUGGAGACGCGGCUCAGCUCUCAGCUGAGUAAGAGGGAGCAAGAAAUGAUCGCUCUGCAAGCGCGCAUGCAGGCCAGCUACCAGGACCAUGUAGCCCAGACCCAGAGGCUCAAUGCAAAGAUCCUGAGCCUGCAGGACCAGCUGGAAAAAGGUCCUAAUGCCCAACUUGCUCGUCUGCAGCAGGAAAAUUCAAUCCUUCGUGAUGCUCUAAACCAGGCAACUAGUCAAGCUGAGAGCAAACAAAAUGCAGAGCUGGCCAAGCUGCGUCAGGAAUGUGCAAAGCUAACCAAAGAGCUCGGAGAGAAGACGGAAAGUCUCCUUGCUGAUGAGCACGUCAGGAAAGGGCUGGAGUCCAAGCUCUCUGCCGCAGAGAAGCAGCUCUCACUGCUGCAGGCGAGCCGUGCAGAAAGUGAGCAGGCGUUGCAGAAGCGACUGGAGGAGGUGAGCGAGGAGCUCAGGACGACGCAGAGCAGAAACAGCAGCCUGCAGGCCACUCUGGAGCAGAGCCAGCAGGACAGCAGUGCAGUGUCAGAGUACCAAGUGCGCAUAGAGAGGUUGGAGGCAGUGGUCAAGGAGCGUUCUGCUCAGGUGGAGACCCUCACUGCCCAGCUCGGGGAGACGCAGGCGGAGAAGAGCCAGCUCACGCAACAGGUGGCCUCCAUCAACUCACUGCUGGAGGCUAAUCAGAGCAAACAGGAUGAGGAUAGCAAGCAGCAGGUGAAGCCAGCAGAACUGAAACAUCUAAAGCUCAGCCUUCAAGAAAAGGACAGCCAGCUGAGUUCACUUCAUGAAGAACUGAAGCAGCUGCAGAUAAAGCAGGAAGCUGCAGAGAACACUAUUACUGAACUUGAGCAAAAAAAUAAGAGUGAGGAUGCCAGCCUCGUCAGCUCACUUCAGGAAGAACUCAAAAACCUCAAAGAAGAGAUGGUGCAAGUUGGAAACGCAAAAUCGGACAGUACAGCAAAGCUCACACAACUGCAGAACAGUCUGUCUGAAAAGGAUUCCCUUGUUGCAUCACUGCAAGAGGAGCUGAGGGAAGCAAAAGCUGCCACAGAUGCUAAUGGUGCUGCUCAACUAGCAGCUCUUCAGAACGAAGCCAAAGAAGCUCUUCAGUUGCUCUUCCCACAGAUACCAGUGGAGACAGAGCAGCCCAACUGGUUAAAAGCAUUUACACAGAAAGCUCAGGAGGCCCUUAGCCAGCAGAGUAAUGAGUCUCAUUCAAGCACAGCAUCGCCAGAGUUGCUAGAGAAACUGAAGGAAUCAGAGGAGAACUACAGUUCCCUUCAGGCUGAAUGUGACCAGUACAGGACGGUCUUGGCUGAAACUGAAGGAAUGCUGAAACAUCUGCAGAAAAGCGUGGAAGAGGAGGAGCUGGUUUGGAAGUCAAAGAUGGCAAACUCAGAAGAACAAUUGAAGGAGGCUUUGCAGAAAGUCAGCAAGCUGGAAGCAGAAAACCAAAGUGUAGAACAGUUUGUUCAGUUGAAGGAACAAGUGAUGCUCCUGGAAGCUCAGCUUGAAAAGCAAUCAGACAACCUAAUGACCUCAGAGGAAGUGGAGCAGCUGAGGCUGCAGCUGUCGGAUUGCCAGAACCAGUUGGACUUGGCCCAGAAGGAUGUCCGGGCACACAAGGAGGAGCUCCAACAGGUCAGAGCACAGCUGGGCGAGAUCACGAAGCGGACUCAGGGAGAGCAGAACGGCCCGGCUGAGGCUGAACCCAGUCAGGUCCAGAAUGAGUUGAGUCAGACGACGGAGAAGCUGCUCGGAGAGGAGAGUCAGAGGCAGCUGCUCUUGGAGGAAUUCGAGCAGGCCCAGAAGACGGUGGGGGAACUCCAGGCCCAGCUGGAUCUUUUAAAAGUUUCUGCAGACGCGCCGCAAUCUGACACAGAAGACGUAGCUCAGCUCAAGGAGCGCCUUGAGAAGGAGAAGAAGCUGUCCAAAGACCUUGGCCAAGCAGCCACUAAGCUCCAGCAGCUUCUUAAAGCCACUCAGGAGCAGCUGACCAAAGAGAGAGAGACUGUGAGAACACUACAGGAACACCUGAAGGUCAAAGGGGAAUUUGUGGAACUGAAGGAAGGAACAUCCGUCUGAGUUGAAGCUCACCAGGAACGCUACAAUAAAACCGCCAAAUAUGCCUUAUAAUUACUUAGUUAUGCAUUCCAAAUUUAUUCUUUCUUGUACUGUAGUUGUUUGCAUUUCAUUGCAACUUUUAGGGAUCAAAUAUUUUUAUGUAAUGAAUAUUUCAAAGUAAGAUUAGAGGAGAGUAUCCUGCUGCAGUCUUUACUGAAGCCCACAUUCCAUCUACGAUUCUGACUAUGUCAGAAGUUAUUUAUCCCUUUGCUUUAUAGUCCAAACAUUUCCCCCAUAGUUCAGUGUUAAAAAGGGAAUGUGAAUGCGCGUCAGACGUGCUUCAAUCUGUGCAAUUACUUUGUAUGUCUUUUCUAUGUGGUUGAAUGAUGGGAACACUUUAAGGUUCAUUGCAGAGCCUGCUUUAAUCUGCAGCUGGCUGACAAACACAUCAGAUUUGUAUGAAUGAAUAAACUACAGUUGAGCACUACCGAUUGCAUGUCUGUGAACAGGCAUGAAAGAGUGGAGAGAGAGGGAGAGAGAGAGGAAGCGCUGAGUUUUCAUACCGGAAGUGACGAAGUUGUACCAAGAACUACAUCUGUAACAAAUAGAAAAAUUCAACAGCCUAAGAACGGUGAGACGGUUUUAGGCAAAAAUAAUGCAGAACUAAAAGAAUUACACAAAAAUAUCAAAAUUCACACACAAAUGUAAAGCUGGAACCCUAAAUAAACCAAAAAAAGGUGGUUAUGAACAUAGCCUUAACUUGAGAUGAUAAUUUUUUUUUACAGAUUCUGUAAAACUGUUUCCAAAUUGUAAAAAUAACUGAAGACAAGAAAUUUCCUACUUUUCUCACAAUAUUUUUUUUUUCCUGAUGAUUCUAAGUUAUACAUGCGGAUGUCAAAUCAGAAGUCAAAAUCUCAGUAAUUAAGUUCAAACUUUGAAACCAAUGUGCUCUUAAUUAUAUAUUGUUUAUGCUAAUUAUUUUUUUUUACUUGCAGAGAAUGAAAACAUUUUCUCAGAUAAUCCAGAUAUUCCAUUUUACAACUAAGCAUUUUUAAUAGAAAAAACAUGUUAUAUUAAAAAGUAUUUUUAUAGACAGAAUAUAUAAUCAGUACUUGGGUGAGGGUCUUUUUGCAUAAAAUACUGUAUAAGUGUGGUGUGGCAUGGAGGCAAUCAGACUGUGAAUGCCUCCAUGCUCCACACCAGAGGUGUUAGCCCAGACUGCUUUAAAAUAGGCCUUCAGGUUGUGUUUUUGCAUUGAUUCUCAUCUUCCUCUCGACUGCACUCCAUAGACUCUCUAUGUAGUUCAGGUCAAUAAAAUUUGCUGACUAGUCAAGCCCAGUUCCACCGAAA